AUGAGUCAGGACCCAGCAGAGCAGAAUAUCCAGAUGUGGAAGGUCAAGAAGCUCAUCAAGAGCCUUGACGCCGCCAGGGGGGCGGGCACAUCCAUGAUUAGUUUAAUCAUUCCUCCAAAAGAUCAAAUCUCGAGGGUCUCUGCGAUGUUGACGCAGGAAUACGGAACGGCUUCCAACAUCAAGUCUCGAGUGAACCGGCUUUCUGUGUUGGCUGCCAUCACGAGUACUCAGCAGCGAUUGAAGCUGUACAAUCGCGUCCCACCCAACGGUCUUGUGCUGUUCGUGGGCACCAUCUUGACCGAUGAGGGCAAGGAAAAGAAAGUGUCUUUCGAUUUUGAGCCGCACAAGCCUAUCAAUACGUCGCUGUAUCUCUGUGACAACAAGUUCCACACCGAGGCACUGCAGGAGCUUCUCGAGUCGGACUCCAAGUUCGGCUUCAUCGUCAUGGAUGGAAACGGUACGCUCUUUGGUACUGUCGCAGGCAACACCCGCGAGGUCAUUCACAAAUUCACGGUCGACCUGCCGAAGAAGCACGGCCGUGGUGGUCAGUCCGCGCUGCGUUUCGCCCGUCUCCGUGACGAGAAGCGACACAACUACGUCCGGAAAGUCGCCGAGUUGGCUGUACAGCACUUCAUUACGAGCGACAAAGUCAACGUGACGGGUCUCGUAUUGGCGGGAAGCGCAGACUUCAAGACGGAGUUGAGUCAGAGCGACAUGUUUGAUCCGCGUUUAGUCGCGAAGAUCCUCAAGGUUGUCGAUGUCAGUUACGGUGGCGAGAACGGCUUCAACCAGGCGAUUGAACUUGCAGCAGAAUCUCUGGCGAACGUAAAAUUCGUGCAAGAGAAGAAGUUGAUCCAAAAGUAUUUCGACGAAAUCAGUCAAGAUACUGGCAAGUACUGCUUCGGUAUCGACGAUACCCUAAAGGCUUUGGAGUUGGGAGCUGUUGAAACGCUCAUCGUCUGGGAGAACCUGGACACAACUCGCUACGUACUCCGGAACGCUGCUGGCGAGGAGAUCGUUGUCCACGUCAAUAAGGAGCAGGAGAAGGACCGUGAAAAGUUCAUCGACAAGUCGACCAACACAGAGAUGGAGCAGGCGUGUGAAUCGCAGUCGCUGCUUGAGUGGUUUGCGGAGAAGUACAAGGAGUUCGGCGCAAACCUCGAGUUCGUAACCAACCGCUCUCAGGAGGGCGCACAGUUCGUGAAGGGUUUCGGCGGGAUCGGGGGCCUGCUGCGCUAUAAGGUUGACUUCACGAACCUAGCGAGCGUCGAUGACGAGGGCGAGGACGAGUUUUUGAGCGACGAGGAGGAUCUCUGACUUACGUGGUGGCUCCGAAGGGAGCCCUACCUGACGAGGGCACGCCGGGUGGGGUGGGAGACAGGGGGAGUGCGCGCAGGGGCGGAAGUGAAGUGCAAGAUAGGGACACGCGGAGAAGACGUCGGAUGUCGCAGUCGCGGAAUUCGGUGGCGGGGAGGCUGUCGCGAGAGUGUGGAAGACGAAGCCCACAAGCCAACAACGUACGGGCAGAUUCUAGGAUCAGCAGCGUGGCCUGCAUGGUUAUAUGACAUGUUCUGAAAGUCAAAUGAAGAACUUGUCGACCUCACUUUGUAUUUGUUAACUCGCUUGUGUCGAUGCUAUUGCUGUCUAGCUCAUUGUCUUGAGUCUUGUAUCGUUGUAUCACCUCGUUAACAUCAGCGGACGUUUUACAACCAUGUUUUUAUUUCGCAAA